UUAUUUUUGCCUUUUGUUUCAUUGGUUACAGUUAGUCCUUCCCAUGUCUCUUCUCUGAGUUUUCAAGUUACCGUUAGCUUAAGGCUUUGUCUUGGCAUCAUCAGAGACGUGAAAAAUGCCGUAGAAAUGAGAGAUCAUUCAGCCGAGCCCCACAGCGGAAACGGUGCCACUUUCAAGCACUGUUUUCCAUACCUUCUAAUGGAGCCUGCUCAAGAAGGCCAAGGACUUUGCUGGGGCUUGCAGUGACAGGAAAAUCAAGACUGGCUUGUUGGCACUUGUUCCAAUGAAAGCAAGAGUGUGGCAACUGCAGUCUGUCGUGCGAUAUGGCCCUCUCGGUGGACUCGUCUUGGCUGCGGCUGCGGUGGCGGUGGCGAGCCCAAGCUGGCUGCCCCCAGUCUCCAUCUGAAGCCACUCCACUACUCGAUCCAGGGAGAGGCAGACAGACCCACAGACUGACACAGCAGCGCGUUGUGUUCCCCAACAACAACGCAUGCCACCAGGACUGGAAGGAGAUGUGCGGGAGCUACCUGGGCAACAGGAUCCGCACGACCAAGUACACCUUCUUCACCUUCCUGCCCCGGAGUCUCCUCGGGCAAUUUCACAGGUGGGCCAACCUCUAUUUCCUGUUCCUGGUGAUUCUGAACUGGAUGCCCCCCAUGGAAGUCUUCCACAGGGAAAUCACCAUGUUACCGCUGGCCAUCGUGCUGUCCAUCAUCAUGGUCAAAGAUGGCAUAGAGGACGUCAAGAGACAUCGCUUCGACAGGGAGAUAAACAGUUCCAACAUUCGCGUCUAUGAGAGGAAAGUGCAGAGCUAUGUGCAGAAGCGCUGGCAGGAUGUGCGUGUGGGAGACUUCAUCCAGAUGCGGUGCAAUGAGAUCGUCCCCGCAGACAUCCUCCUGCUCUUCUCCUCGGACCCCAGCGGGGUCUGCCACCUGGAAACAGCCAACUUGGAUGGAGAGACCAACCUCAAGCAGAGGCAUGUCGUGAAGGGCUUCUCACAGCAGGAAACGCAGUUCCAGCCAGAACACUUCCAUAAUACCAUUGUAUGUGAGAAACCCAACAACCACCUGAACAAGUUUAAGGGCUACAUGGAACGUCCCGACCAGACCAAGACUGGCUUCGGCAGCGAGAGUCUCCUGCUUCGUGGCUGCACCAUCAGAAACACCGAAGUGGCCACAGGCAUCGUCAUCUAUGCAGGCCAUGAGACAAAAGCCAUGCUCAACAACAGCGGCCCCCGGUACAAGCGCAGCAAGAUUGAGCGGCGCAUGAACACAGACAUCUUCUUCUGCAUUGGCCUCCUCUUCCUCAUGUGCCUCAUUGGAGCCAUAGGUCACAGCCUCUGGAACGGCACCUUCAACGACCACCCUCCCUUCGAUGUGCCAGAUGCCAACGGGAACUUCCUUCCCCUUGCCCUUGGAGGGUUCUACAUGUUCCUCACCAUGAUCAUCCUGCUCCAGGUGCUGAUCCCCAUCUCCUUAUAUGUGUCCAUUGAGCUGGUGAAGCUGGGACAAGUGUUCUUUCUCCACAAUGACCUUGACUUGUAUGACGAGGACGCUGACCUGUCCAUCCAGUGUCGAGCCCUCAACAUCACAGAGGACCUGGGCCAGAUCCAGUACAUCUUCUCUGACAAGACGGGGACCCUGACGGAAAACAAGAUGGUGUUCAGGCGUUGUACCAUCAUGGGCAGCGAGUAUUGUCACCAAGAAAAUGCCAAGCGCCUGGAAGCCCCAAAGGAGCUGGACUCGGACACUGAAGAGUGGACUCAAUACCAGCGCCUAACCUUCCCCGCCAGAUGGGCCCAAGGCCCAGCAACGAUGAGAAGCCAAAGAGGUGCCCAGCCUCUGCGGAGGUGUCAGAGUGCCCGGGUGCCCAUCCAGGGCCACUCCCGACAGAGGUCUGUAGGGCAUUGUGACAGCUCACCUCCUCCCGUGGCCUUCAGCAGCCCCAUUGAAAAAGAUGUGACUCCAGAUAAAAACCUGCUAACCAAGGUGCGAGAUGCUGCCAUGUGGCUAGAGACCUUAUCGGAUGCCAGACCUGCCAAGCCUUCCCACUCGACCACUUCCUCCAUUGCUGACUUUUUCCUUGCCCUCACCAUCUGCAACUCUGUCAUGGUGUCCACAAGCACAGAGCCCAGACGGAGGGUCACCAUUCCGCCCUCCAGCAAGGCCCUGGGGACAUCCCUGGAGAAGAUUCAACAGCUGUUCCAGAGGCUAAAGCUCCUGAGCCUCAGCCAGUCGUUCUCGUCUACUGCACCCUCAGACACAGACCUAGGGGAGAGUUUGGGGCCCAACGUACCCACCACGGACUCGGAUGAGAAGGAUGACGCCUCUGUGUGCAGCGGAGACUACUCCACCGAUGGUGGCUACAGGAGCAGCACGUGGGAGCAGGGUGACAUACUGGGAUCUGGGUCAGGCGCAUCCAUGGAGGAGGGGCUGGAGACCCCAGCUAUCGGCUUGGAGGGGGACGGGCCCGAGCUGUGUUAUGAGGCGGAGAGCCCUGACGAGGCAGCCCUGGUGCAUGCAGCCCAUGCCUACAACUUCACCUUGGUGUCCCGGACGCCGGAGCAGGUGACCGUCCGCCUGCCUCAGGGCACCUGCCUCACCUUUGAUAUCCUCUUCACCCUGGGCUUUGACUCGGUGAGGAAGAGAAUGUCAGUGGUGGUGAGGCACCCGCUGACAGGUGAGGUCAUCGUCUACACAAAGGGUGCUGACUCGGUCAUCAUGGACCUCCUGGAAGACCCAACUUGCGUGACUAACAUUGACGUGGAAAAGAAGCUGAAGAAAAUCCGAGCCCGGACCCAGAAACAUCUGGACUUGUAUGCAAAAGACGGCCUGCGAACCCUAUGCAUUGCAAAGAAGGUGGUGAGCGAAGAGGACUUUGAGAGGUGGGCCAGUUUCCGCCGCGAGGCUGAGGCAUCCCUCGACAACCGAGAUGAGCUUCUCACGGAGACAGCACAGCACCUGGAGGAUCAGCUCACCUUACUCGGAGCCACUGGGAUCGAAGACCGGCUGCAAGAAGGAGUUCCAGAUACCAUUGCUGCUCUGCGGGAGGCUGGGAUCCAGCUCUGGGUCUUGACGGGAGAUAAACAGGAGACAGCGGUCAAUAUCGCCUAUUCCUGCAGACUGUUAGAUCAGACAGACACUGUGUACUCCAUUAACACGGAGAGUGAGGAAACCUGCGAGUCCAUCCUCAACUGUGCACUGGAAGAGGUGAGACAGUUCCACGAGCCACAGGACCCAGACCACAGGCUCUUCGGGUUCCGCAUCCCUUCCAAGACACCACCCGCCACCUCAGGAGCUGCCGUUCCCGAAGCCGGACUGGUCAUUGACGGGAAGACAUUGAAUACCAUUUUCCAGGGAAAACUGGAGAAGAAGUUUCUGGAGCUGACCCGGUACUGCCGGUCAGUCCUGUGCUGCCGCUCCACGCCACUGCAGAAGAGUAUGAUCGUCAAGCUGGUGCGAGACAAGUUGGGCGUCAUGACCCUUUCCAUAGGCGAUGGCGCAAAUGACGUGAGCAUGAUCCAGGCUGCCGACGUUGGCAUUGGAAUAUCUGGCCAAGAAGGCAUGCAGGCCGUCAUGUCCAGCGACUUUGCCAUCUCGCGCUUCAGACACCUGAAGAGACUACUGCUCGUGCACGGCCACUGGUGUUACUCGCGCCUGGCCAGGAUGGUGGUCUUCUACUUCUACAAGAACGUGUGCUACGUCAACCUGCUCUUCUGGUAUCAGUUCUUCUGUGGUUUCUCUGGCUCCACCAUGAUCGAUUACUGGCAGAUGAUCUUCUUCAACCUCUUCUUCACCUCCUUGCCUCCCAUCAUCUUCGGCAUCCUCGACAGAGACGUCACUGCGGAAACACUCCUGGCGGUGCCGGAGCUGUACAAGAGCGGCCAGGACUCGGAGUGCUACAACCUGUCCAUGUUCUGGAUUUCCAUGGCAGAUGCCUUCUACCAGAGCCUCGUCUGUUUCUUUAUCCCUUACCUGACCUACAGAGGCUCCGAUAUUGAUGUCUUUACCUUUGGGACGCCAAUCAACACCAUCUCCCUCACCACCAUCCUCUUGCAUCAGGCAAUGGAAAUGAAGACAUGGACCAUCAUCCACGUGCUGGUCCUCCUCGGCAGCUUUCUGAUGUACUUUGUGGUGUCCCUGCUGUACAACGCCACCUGCGUCACCUGCAACAGCCCCACCAACCCCUACUGGGUGAUGGAGAACCAGCUCUCAGAUCCCACGUUCUACCUCGUCUGCAUCCUCACCCCAGUCGUGGCUCUUCUCCCAAGGUACUUCCUCCUAUCUCUACAAGGGACUUUUGGGAAAUCUCUGAUCUCCAAAGCUCAGAAAAUUGACAAGCUGCCCAUAGACAAAAGAAACCUGGAAAUUCAGCACUGGAGAAGCAAACAGAGGCCUGGCCCAGCCCCUGCCCCUGCCCCAGCACAGCCUCCACACUGCCCGGGGCUUCCUGUCUCAACGCAGGACUUCAGAACCAGCACCUCAAAGAGUUCUGGCCCUCCCAAGCAGAAACACAUGGAGAAUUGGGUUCUCCAAGGGCAGAGGUGCAGCAGAGAGCCUGUGAGGGACAACACAUGCCCAGUGGACUCCUCAGCUAAGCUCUCAUCUGGGGAAUGCCUUCUGGGGCCGAAGAGGACAAUGGCUCCAGAUGCCUACUCCAGGGGACAGAACGAUGUGUCCCGACGGUCCAGCAGGGGCAGCCAUCGGCGAUCCCAGAGUUCACUGACCAUAUGAGGGUGUAGAGCUCUGUAGAAACUCCAAAGUGGCCAAGCAAUCCACAAGUCAUCCUUUUCAUAGAAGAAUGAAUGUGCCAGCCUUAUUCUUUCUCUGUACCAGGGUUGGCAUCCUUAGGGGAAAUAAGUGUUGGCCCCAGUGGUUCUGACCAAACAGACUGGAAAGCCAGCUUACCACUAGUUUUAUUCUGCUGCCAGGCAGCACACCUUGAAAACAACAGUCUUUAUACAAGUUUUAUGUUACUAAUGCGUUGAAUUCUCAAGUGUCGUAGCCCAAACACACCUUACUUAGAAGGUCCUAAGUAAAGCCCACAAGGCAGUCUAACUGGGUAAGCAGUAGCCAAGACUCUAAGAAGUUUAUCAGCCCAGGGAAUAUGUUGGACCUUGGGAGGUCCAUCACCUCAUCUUUGUAACAAAAACUCAAGUUUCAGGAGAGACCUGAACAAGCAUGUUUUCAUCUCAAAGUCACAGCAGUGCUGGCCAAGUUGUAAAAUAUCCCUGCCAUCCACACAGGGAUGGGUCUGAAUUUAGUCCCUAAACCAAAGAAAAAGACUACAUCUAAAGAUGAAUGCUAGACUUGUACUCAAUACCAAAGACACUAUCAAAGGUGGUAGGGUCACAGCUUAUGUAAGGGGCAGCAAGAACACACACACUACAGGAAACAGGUACACCAGAGACCCUCAUGUCAUUGUUUCAACUAAUGGACCAUAUGUCCCACCAGCUGAGGAAUAUUCCAAAGGGACAUAAGCAGCGCUCUAUUGUGUUUAUUUUGAGAUGGAAUCACCCAUCGUCAUUCAACACUUAGAACAGGAAAAGUCACAGAUCAGGAGAUGUCAGUGCAGCUGCACCCAGAAUAAACUCACAGACCAGACAACAGUGAGUCCACACAAUGCCACGGUGAGGUGUGGGGCUGGGGUUAAGCCCCCCAGUGAUGGUGUCUGGCUGUCGCUGGCCUAUGCUUUUGUUGAGAGAUCAUAGGAAAUCUUACUUCACAGGGAAAAGAAGGAUUAUAUGUAUUCCAUAUCCAUAGUCAUAGAUGUUAAAAAAUAUGUAAAAGGACUCAAAAAAAUAUUCAUAGAAAAGAAGGGAUGACAGAACUCUAAUAGGCUGUCAAGGGCAACUAGGUCCACUAGGAGCAGCAAUAGUCUCCUCAGACAAGGCAGGAGGUGUUCCUGAGCCGCCUUCUCUUUCAGCCAGUGCCUACAGUGGGGGAGAGUCUGGGGAUGGCUGAGAGCAGUGUGCCAAACCUUUGCAUCCGAGUCACAAUCAGUGAUGAGCUGAUCACUUGAGCAAGUCCUCAGCAACAAUGCUGAAAAAGAGCUCAGCAAUCAAGUUGGCAAGUGGCAGAUGAACUGACCCCCACCCCCAUCAUCCUACAGCCAGUAGACGAAGUCUCUCUCACUGCCUCUACCAAUGAUGCCAGCAGACGGAGACUCUGUAUCUGACAAUUAGAUGGGGGGGGGUGCAGAUAAACCUACCAUGUGGACACAGCAGUAAGGAUUUGAGUUCUACAUGAGAUCCAUCUGGACCUCAAGGCCCCUCCGUUCCCUAUGAGACUCCUUACUGCCUAACAACCAGGAAGAUCCAGGCAGGAUAUUCUAGAAAGAACAGAGCCGGGCUGGAGAGAUGGCUCAGCAAUUAAAGGCACUUGCUUACAAAGCCUGUGGGCCCAGGUUCAAUUCCCCAGUACCCACAAAGAGCCAAUCACGUGUGUCUGGAAUACAUUGACAGCUGCAAGAGGCUAUAGUAUACCUUCUCUGCUUGCAAAUAAAUAAAAAUAUGUCUUGUAAAAAAAAAAUACCAGAGCAGUGAGUCACCUCAAAAGAUCUGAGCUGGGGUGUUCACUCUGCCCAUCUACUUUUAAGGAACCUACAAGAAGGAUUGCAAAUUAGGUCUUAACUGUCUGCCCUCCUGGGUUUGGCUUAAGGAUCAUGGAAAAUCCCCUGAUACAUGAGGGAUAUUCACCUGAAAGCUAAGGGGCAACCAAAGUGAUGGGAGACUGAAAGAACCCAUGAUCCCUCUUCUGAAAUGCCACACUAAGCCCAAAGUUGCUGCUCUUUCUCCUGCCUGACCAACCAUCUCUGAGCACCUGGGCCUCUCCCGUGUGUCCAAGUGCCAUGUGCUGGGAAUCUGGAUCAUCCCGUUUUGUUUUUU